CAAUACGCAUGUGUUACAAAACGGUUAAAGAAUCUGUAAAUAAAUUUUUAUUUUAAAAGGUUAUGUUCAGUUAUAGUACAGAGUUAUUUUUUUAUUAAUGUUUUAAACAUUAAUGCAAAAAUGUCCUCGAAUUCUGAUUCAGAUUCGAGCCGUAGUGCUUCACCGUCAGGAGUAGGAUCUGUACCUGCUAAUGGUUUAGAUCGUGAUUCUAGAUCAGUAUCACCACCACAAACUGAUCGAUCUCGAUCUCGAUCCGGAUCACCAGAGGGCUCACAACAUUCAGGAUCAAGAUCACAAAGUGCUAAUUCUAAUCACAGUCAAUCAGGUUCAGGCUCUGCUUCACCAACAUCUCAAAGAUCUAGAUCUCGAUCUCGUAGUAGAUCUGUAUCCAGAAGUGCAUCACCAAAUUCAAAGCAACAACGAUCUCGAUCACCAUCCGGUUCAAACAAAUCCAGAUCACCUUCUGCUGAAUCAAAUGGCCAGCCUUCUGAUAAAGAACGAUCAGCGAGUCCUCAAAAUCGGGCUAGUGCAUCACCGGCUUCACAAACUUCACACAGAUCUAGACAAUCUCAAAAAUCAGCUGCGUCUCGUCGAUCCGAAUCAGGUGAUACACAAAGAUCAGGAUCUGUAGCUACACAUCGAUCAGGAUCUAGAACAUCACAACGAUCAGUAUCUAGAGGGUCAAGGAGAUCAAGAUCUAGAGCAUCACAAAGAUCAGGAUCUAGAGCAUCCCAAAGAUCAGGAUCUAGAGUGUCACACCGAUCUGGCUCAAAAACUUCACAUCGUUCUGGGUCAAAAGGCUCUCAUCGAUCUGGCUCAAGAACUUCACAUCGAUCUGGAUCAAAAGUGUCAAAUAGAUCAGAUUCGAGAGGUUCUCAGAAAUCUGGUGGUUCACAAGCAUCUAAUCAAUCUGGAUCACAAAAAUCGAUUUCUUCCAAAGCUCGUUCUCGAUCGGGAUCCCGAGCUUCAAAUAGAUCUAGAUCAGCAGCAUCAAAUCGUUCUAGAUCUCAUCGUUCGGAUUCUAGAGCAUCUAAUCAUUCUGGGUCUCAUGCUUCGAAUCGUUCGGGAUCUAGAGCAACUCAACGAUCUGGAUCACGAGCUUCUGAGAGAUCUGGUUCAGUAGGCUCACACAGAAGUGGUUCACAUAAAUCAAGAUCGAGAUCUAGAUCUAGAUCAAAAUCACAAGUGAAUGAUGCCGUCGAAGUUGAUCGACAAUCUGUUGCUUCAAACGACUCUGAUGUAGGUGUUAAAAAAUCAGAUAAAGAUAAAAAGCGGAAGCUGAUUGAUUCUGACAGUGAACCCGAAGAAAGUGCUGAACCUUCUGCUACAGCAGAAGCAUUAUUUGGUGAUGCUGAUGAUAUUAGCAGUGAAGAAGAAAAAGGUGACGAUGAUAAACAGGAGUCAGAUAUUGAAAGAGAUCGUGUUCGUAGUCGAUCACGAUCACGAUCACAAGAACGGGAUGAUCGCAGUCGACGUGGAUCAGACGAUGAUGAAGAAAGAGAGAAACAUGAUGAUGAGGAACGCGAACCAGAACCAGAACCGGAACCUAUACCCGAAACACGUAUUGAUGUAGAAAUUCCGAAAAUUACAACGGACUUGGGCAAAGAUAUACACUUUGUAAAAUUGCCGAAUUUCUUAUCAGUUGAAACACGACCAUUCGAUCCUGAAACAUAUGAAGAUGAAAUUGACGAAGAAGAAACCUUGGACGAAGAAGGGCGUGCGAGAUUAAAGUUAAAAGUUGAAAAUACAAUUAGAUGGCGUGAGUUUUUAGACAAAGAAGGCAACAACGUAAGACAAUCAAAUGCUAGAUUUAUCAAAUGGUCUGACGGUAGCUUAAGUUUACAUUUAGGAUCCGAAAUAUUCGAUGUGUAUAAACAACCUUUACAGGGUGAUCAUAAUCAUUUAUUCAUACGACAAGGUACUGGUCUACAAGGUCAAGCUGUAUUCCGUACAAAAUUAACAUUCCGACCACAUUCAACAGAGAGUUUCACACAUCGUAAAAUGACGUUAUCGUUAGCGGAUCGUUCAACUAAAACUAGUGGUAUUAAAAUAUUAUCACAAGUUGGUAUUGAUCCAGAUCAAGAUCGCGCAACUUUAUUGAAAAAAGAAGAGGAGAAAUUACGUGCAACACCUCGAACGAAACCAACCCGAAGACGUGGAGAUAAAGAUACUCCACGUGUACAUGUGGGUGGAGCAGGCAGUGGACCUGGUAGUGGUGGUUUUAGAGAAGACGAUGCAAGUGACGAUGAAGGCGCAAUAUCAUUAAAUGCUAUUAAAAAUAAAUAUAAAUCAGGUUCAAAUCAAAAUAAAGGUGGUGGUGGUGGGGGAGCUGCCAUUUAUUCAUCUGAUGAUGAUGGCUCUGAUUUGGAUGCAGGUCGUGUUAAACGUAUUGAUAAAGCCAAAGUAUUAAAAAGUAUUGGAUCUGAUGAUGAGAGUUCACAAGCAAGUGAUUAAAUUUAAAUUAUCCUCCACCAGUACCAGUACCACCAGUACAGUAUCAAAUCAAUCAAAUCAAUUAUUAACAGGACAACGUACAAAAUAUAUUGUUUUAGGUCUUAAAUACAAUUCAAAGACUUCAAUACUACACUUCCUAGGACCAGUCUAUAUUUUGGUAACUUAUUUGAUCAAUAUCUAAUGUUUGAGUAGCCGUUGGUCAUUGAUUUUUACACAUGCUAUUUUUAAACGCUCUUUCCUAACUAAGGAGAAUAAAAAAGUUUAUUUUCUAUGUAAAAAACAUUGAAAAACAAACUUGCAGUUGUAAUAUUGGAGAUCGGACUUUUUUAAAGUUUGUUGCCAUAAUAUACAUUAGCCCUAGACCUAUUAUGGGAAAAUAGUUUUUAGGCCAUCUAGCUGAAACUUUAGAUUCUAGUGAUCCUUCUUGAUAUAUAAAUAAAAAGUCCACUAGGCACAAAAUCUUAUAAACUCAGAUUUUUCAGAUAUGUCCAAACAUUAUCUGGCAUAAUAUUCGUCUAAAGAGAAGAAAGAAUCAAAAGACUCUUUUUUUUAAAAUAAAGAUCCGUCUUAUUUUCUUCAUAGAGCGUAAAAGAAAAGAGACGGAACUAAAUAUCGCACGUCUCUAUUUAUAGACUAUUAUUAUUUGUGUAAGUAAGUUACUGAACUGAAUAUAUUUGAAUUUAUUGACAUAUUAAAUGUUUUGUAAACAAAAUCUACAGCAUUAAUAAAUAUUAUUAUUAUUUGUUUUACUCUUCAAGUAAAAUACACACUUUUGGCUUUAAAAUGUCUUUCUUAUCUCCUAAAACAAUAAUUCAAUGAAAAGAUUAAAUUAAAAGCCAUCAAAUAAUUUUGACAUUGUGAAUAUUGUCAUUAGCAAUUUAUUCUUCCUUAAUGACGUUUCCUACGCAAUAUCUAGCAAAAACAGCUAAAUGUGCAGAUUUAGUGGCGUGAGUGCUGUCGUCAACGCAUAACGAUAUUAAAGGAGAUUAAAGGAGAAAAGUUAAUGUCAAUUUUUUGUUGAUCUGUUACAUUUCUGGUCAGGUUUAAGAUUCUAUCUUUUAUUGUGCUUUUAGAUAGAGGAGUAUCUUUGAUGCACUGAAUUAUCAUACCUUUUUUAUCGAAAUCAUCAAAAAUGAGGGCGCACAUGCUAAUCGGGCUUGCUUCAAAAAUUCUCUCGACAAGGAUUGCUUGCCAACAUAUUAAAUCAUAGGCGUCGACUGUUUCUGAAACUAUUUCUGACUUUCAUUGCACUUGCAAGUAAUUCCUUUUGCUCUGGUUCGCUCCUUAAAUUAACGGAUUUGUGAUUUAUUUCAAUGUUUGCUGUGAUUUGUUAGAUGCGUUUAAUUUUGAUUUGCCCGCUAGUCAAAGAGCGCUAAGGUCGAAGGGCUUUGCUUCUUCCUUAAAUCGUGUAACAAUUUUCUUUAUCUCUUCUAGUGUGGACAUUUUCGCUUCACCUUCCAUUUUGAUAAGUAUUAUACGAUUAUUGUAUUUAAAGUAACUAAACUCGUUUAAAUACUGGAAUUUUAUUUUUCUGUACCGGAACCAGCUUUCCAAACUGAACCUUGUCAAAUAACUAUGCAAAAAAAAGAAAGUAUUUUCAAGUGAAAUGAUAAGCUUUCGUAUGCUUUUAUUAAAUUGUUUGAAACGAAAUUUUUGCAACUUGCUAUACUCUUUCAAAUCUUAUUUAAAAAAAAAUAAGGAAUACUUUUUUAAUCACACUUUAAACCAAUGAGAGGGAUCCAGUUGCGUUCAUUUUUAGCGUUGAUGUAUCAAAUUUUUGAAAUUUCAAAUAGUUAAUGUGUUUCACAUCAAAUGGCUAGUUGCGCACAAAAAAACUUUUGCUCUAUUCGUAAAAAAGCUAUAAAAUUCAUCUGUAUUUUAAAAGAAAUGUUACUGAAAUUAGAAAACAACGUAUUUUGUGCGUUUAAGACAUAAUUAUGAGGGUAAAAAACCUGUACAGGGAAUAGAGAAUUUUCCCUUGCAUUAAAUUACAAGAUUUAUUUUCUUUUUUAAAUAGGUUCAGUAUGACUUUAAAAAUGCACAAAACCCCUACAAAUUUGGAAGGCGGAAGUGCUGCCAUUUUGAGAAAUACCGUUUCGGCCUAUGGGACAAUCCUACUAAGGAAGACUCUACCUAAGAAUUUUAAUUGGAACCUUUUUAUAGGCCACUUUAUAGACAUAUAAUAUUAUACAGAUGUACGGCUUCGCCAUAAUUAUGAUUGUUAAUUAUAGUAACACAUUGAAACUAAAUAUAGAAAAUUUAUUAAAAAAAAAGCACAACACGAUAAAGUACAAA